CUCCUGUAUUUUUAGCUGAGCCAGCCACUUCAUUUGCUGGAUGAGACAGACAAUUGUGUACCGUAUGAUCUCACUUAAUCGUUUUAAUAAAUAAAAACUCAUCCUGCGGAUUCGCCGUGGGCCUACAGCCAGCUGUUCCCUGGAAAUGUGUACUGGAUAGACAUUUGUCCCGCCGCUGUCGGAUGCUGAAACGCGCAAUCAGCCUGUGGAUGCUUGAUGCCCAUUAUGAAACGCAAUGCUGCACUGGAUACCGAAUAUUAGGCGCAGCGCUUCUGAGAUCAAAUGAAUUACAAGAGAUCAGUUUAGCAGCAAAAUACUCCUGUGGUGCGGACGGUUCAAGGUGGUCCAGCAUCUUUCUCCUCAGCCCUCUGCUUCCCGUCUUCUCUUGGACUGUGGAUAACAAGAAGGCUUCAAGACGGAGGGGGUGGUGGAGCAUCGAGGAAAAAACAGGGGCAAUAUGAGAGAGCGGGACUUCAUGCCCAAUAUGGAGAGGGGCAAACCUGCCACUUAUACGGGGGACAAAAAGGCUAAGAUGGCUGCUAAGACUAACAAGAAGUGGGUGAGACUAGCCACUGUUUUUGCAUAUGUAUUGUCCGUGUCCUUAGCAGCCAUUAUCCUGGCAAUUUACUACAGCCUGAUCUGGAAACCAACCAGUGCAUCCUCUUCUGUGGGGAAGCCUGGAGUGCCCGGGGAGGUCACCCCCACCGCAAACAUCUCAACUAAUAUUUCCAUGAGCACCAACGUAACAGAAUGGAACUCUACACAAACAGGGCUGCUAUCUGUCAACCAGACCAGGCAGGACACGACCCCGCACAGUCAGGCGUCUCAGUGGUAUGACAGAGCCGACAAUGUGUCCGUCUCAGCGCGCGGUGCCGGAGCAGAAAUUGCGCACUCACAGCAGGAGGAAGGACUCUACGCAUCUUCCCACGGUUACACAAGCGAGCAGAGAUCGGACACUUUGGGUAGGCAGACACACGCGUCUCAACCCCAAGUGAAGCAAUACAUCCCGUCAAGCACCACAGAGUCUGCAGAGUCUGGCGGGGACGAAGGGGCGACUGACAACCGCGAUCAGGCGGCUACAGAUGCUGCUGCUGUUCCUCCGAUCCCUGCGACGAGCAGAACCGGCCUAAGAGGGGACUGAUGGGGGCCUCAUCCCCACCGUCAGCCCCCCCCCCCC